CACGCACGCAUCCACGAAGGGCCUAGGUCGAUUGCAGCAAUAUGGAGAGAUAUCAGAAAUUGGAAAAAGUCGGCGAAGGCACCUACGGCGUCGUCUACAAGGCACUGGACUUGCACAACAACAAUCAAAUUGUUGCUCUCAAGAAAAUCAGGCUCGAGGAUGAAGCAGAAGGCGUGCCGUCAACCGCCAUCAGGGAGAUUUCCCUCUUGAAAGAAGUCAAUGAUGGCAAGAACAAGUCCAACUGCGUCAAACUGCUGGAUAUCGUCCAUGCAGAGUCAAAACUCUACCUCGUCUUUGAAUUUCUCGAUAUGGAUCUCAAAAAGUACAUGGACAAACUCCCUGCAGAAGGCGAUGGCUCUCUCCUGGACCCUGCCCUCGUCAAGAAAUUUGCCCUCCAGCUCGUUCAGGGCGUCCACUACUGUCACGCUCAUCGCAUCAUUCAUCGAGACUUGAAACCACAAAAUCUCCUCAUCAACAAGGAAGGAAACCUCAAACUUGCUGAUUUCGGACUUGCUCGAGCAUUUGGUGUGCCACUGCGCAAUUAUACCCAUGAGAUUGUCACGCUCUGGUAUCGUGCGCCUGAAGUGUUGUUGGGCUCACGGCACUACUCAACCGGUGUGGAUAUGUGGUCUGUGGGAUGUAUCUUUGCUGAAAUGGCACUUCGCAAACCACUCUUCCCGGGAGACUCUGAGAUUGAUGAGAUUUUCAGAAUCUUUAGGACAUUGGGCACACCGGAUGAAGAUACGUGGCCUGGUGUGACGGGGUUACCUGACUACAAAGCAACAUUCCCACAAUGGCGGCGUAAAUCGCUUGAACAGAUGAUUCCUAUGCUGGACGUCGAUGGUCAUGACAUGCUGGAAGCAUUGCUGGUGUAUAACCCGUCUGACCGUAUGUCAGCCAAGCGAUGCCUGGAGAUGUCGUACUUUGCUCGGGAUGAGGAGGACGACUGGUGAGCAUGCUUGCUUUUGUUGUUUGUUGUUUUUGUUUUUGCUCCAGAUUAUGCACACUGGAUGCCUUCUGUAGAUGAACAUGCGGCUC